AUGGCGGCGGAACUGGCCGUGCUACCUGAUGAUGUCCUCCUGGAGGUCCUCCAGCGUCUUCCGCUGCACAGCCUGGCCGCGUGCCGGUGGGUCUGCAAGGCAUGGCGCGACAUCAUCUACGGCCGCCUGCGCAGCCGCUUGCUUUCGCCCUCGGUGCGCGGCAUCUUCAUCAACUACGUUAUUUAUAGCGUGUCUGAGUUCUUCUCCCGUCCCUCAGCGGGACCGGCCAUCUGUGGAGGGCUUGACUUCCUGUCCUGCGAGGGCGUCGAGGUCAGGGAUCACUGCAACGGGCUCUUGCUCUGCACCGAUUGGGAAGACGAGUCUUGGUACGUCGUCAACCCAGCCACGCAGGGGUGGGCGCGUUUGCCCCAACGCCCUCCGCCGCACAUGCAGGGACUCGAUCAGACCGCCUUCCUCGCGUUUGACCAAAUCAUGUCGCCACACUACAAGGUUUAUCUGAUACCAUGCGUGCCGUACGGUGAAUUGGGCGACAACAUGUUGCCUGAAGCGGAGUGGCCUCCAGCGUCACACGUGAUGCAUGUGUUCUCGUCAAUGACCGAGCGGUGGGACAAGAAGACGUUUCUCCGGCAAGGGGAAGCUGCGGGGGUCGUCGCCGACAUGGCUUCGAGUCGUUCAUGGUACAAGAAUUAUCAUGCCGUCUACUGGCGAGGUGCACUCUACAUACAUUGCCAGUGCGACUUCGUUAUGAGAAUGUGCUUGUCAAGUUACAAGUACCAAGUAAUUAAAAAGCCUCAUCAGUUCGGCUUAUAUCCUAGUGCUCAUUUAGGGAGAUCAGUCAAAGGGGUGUACUGCGCAAUAUUUCAUACUCGUCAUGGACUCCAGCUUUGGCAUCUCGAUGAAUCCUCGUGCGGUCAAAUCAAAUGGGUGCUCAAACAUGAUACCAAUCUUGCGAGCUUUGACAAAAAGAUCCAUUUAGAUGGGGACGAUAACUAUGCUCAGCAGAUGGACAAGCAGUGGGUCUUACAAGAUGUUAACUACCGCAGGGUGGGCUCUGACUUUGGGUACGAGCCUCAUAGAUGUGAGAAUUGGGUAGCGCCAACGGAAGAGAAAUUUGAAUGGAACUCUGACGACGAUAACAUUCUCGACAUCGAACAUGCCGCCGAAGGGAGAUGGUCAGGGUACAUUGGAUAUCUUGGAUUUCAUCCUUACAGAGAGGUUGUUUUCUUGACUUUAGCACUAGACGGAGCAGUUGCCUAUGAUUGGAAUAGCUCAAAAUUUCAGUACUUGGGCCGUAUUCUUCCAAAAGACUACCAAGAGAUCGCCAUGCAAUGCGCAGGAAUAGAUACAUGUUUUCCAUACACGCCUUGUUGGAUGCACGAGUUUCCAAGAAAAAGUUCGGAAUCUCAACUUGAAGCUGAUGAGCAGCUAUCUGGAAACAGUUUGGAAUCUCAGGUUCAACCUGACCUGCACUUCACCUAGCGUGGCCGCGCACGAGUACCAGCUGCGCAAGCUCCGUGGACGCGUUAAG